CAUGCCAAAAUGUCGCAAUUUUGUCAGAAGAAUUCAUGGAUAAUUGAAUUUGAAAAAAAAGUGGAUUUCCAUGAACUGCAGUCCAUAUAUUGAAAAACUUCAAAAGCUUUAACGUAGAAGAUAAAAAAUUCAAAACUAUAAACCGGCUGUUUUCGUAAAUUACUUUCUAGCAUAACGCCAUCAUUUAUCGAGCUAAUUGCCGCUUUUAUGUCAACACAUUACACAUUAACGUCUUCACAUGUAGCUCAGCUUCUAAAUUAAAGUUGCUGAGGCGACACGUCGUUUAUUAAAAUCUGCUGUGAUUGAAAAAUAAACAGGAACCUGUAAGAUCUGCACGUUUAACUUCGAUAUCUUGUUCACUUGGAAAGGAGACGCUAUGACUGAAAGUACAGUUCAGGAUCUCCAGAAUGCCACAAGAUGAGUCACGAUGCCACGUCAAUUGUCGAAUUAACAGUCCUAGCCAUUAUCUGCUUUGUGGCUUUGAUUGCAAAUGGAACUUUAUUCUGGAUUGUGUUGCGGAAAAAAGAACUAAGGACUAUGUCAAAUGUUUUUGUUCUGAAUCUCGCUGCCGCCGAUACGCUGGUGUCACUGGCUAGCAUGCCGGUCACUUUUAUAAAUGUUGCAUCCAACACGUGGAUGUUUAGUAGCAAGGUGUGCGUUCUCUUUGGUUUUGUUACCAUUGCUUCUUUUAUCUCGUCCGUCAGCUCGUUAGGAUUGAUCGCCAUCAAUAGAUAUUUUUACGUCGUUAAAUGGCAGACGUAUGAAAGAACUUUCACCACACCGAGGGGCUCGCUGUGUCUGGGUUUAGUUUGGACAACCUCUCUGGCGCUGGCGUCCCCGCCUCUCCUUGGCUGGGCGGAAUACCGUUUUAUUCCCGGCAAGUCCUUCUGCUUUGUUUAUUGGCAAUCCGAUGUUCACUACAUGUAUUUCAUGAUUACUACGUGUUUUUUUGGUCCACUAUCGGUCAUGGCCCUGUUCUAUUUCAAGAUAUUAUCAUUUACAAGAAACCACAAAAGACGAUUGGCCACAUUCAGAAACAGAAUUAAUGUCACCAAAGAAACUGAUCUGGCGCCACCAAACGGAGGAUCUAUACCUAGAUUACGAAUGUCGGUUGAAGAAACAAAAAUAACUCACACCCUAGUCAUUGUCGUGGCGUGUUUUGUCUUCUGUUGGGCUCCUUUUGCGAUAACCAUGAUUCUUAGUGUAUAUUAUUCACAACCCACCCCCGGGGGGUAGAUUUUGGUUCGUUGUUGCUAGGUUAUGCGAAUAGUAUGUUCAAUCCGAUAUUUUAUGGAGUAAGAAAUGCGGGAUUUA